UGCGCUUAUUGUGUAAGAAUUGACACUUGGAGUCAGUUGACUUUCUGCGCAGCAGCUCGUUCUCUCUCGUUGAGGAAAGAGCGUGUUUAACGAGGCGCAAACCGAAUAAGAAGCGGAUUGACGACGGGAACAGUCGGGGAUUCCCGUUACCGUGGUAACCUGCAUCAGCGGUUGAUGGUGCCCGGGACUCGAAGUGCAUCACCAUGAACACGCAACCCCGAAGAGUGCGCUUGAAACCGUGGCUUCUGGCUCAGGUGGACGGCGGCUGUUUCCCUGGUCUUCAUUGGAUCGAUUCGGACCGCCGGCUCUUCCAAAUCCCCUGGAAACACGCCACGCGCAGCGUGCCAACGUGCCAAGAGGAAAACACCAUCUUCAAGGCGUGGGCCCUUGAAACGGGAAAAUUUCAGGAAGGUGUGGACCAUCCGGACCCUGCCAAGUGGAAAGCAAACCUGCGUUCUGCACUAAACAAGAGUAAAGAGUUUCAGCUCAAGUUGGACGGCACCAAACAGACGCCGCUUCAAGCCAUUAAAAUUUACCAAGUUGUAAACACGGACGCCGCCGCGGACGACGAUGAGAUGCCAAAUCUGACGGAGCUGACGAUCGAUUCCGGGAAGUGCGACUCUGCCUCUUCGAUGUCCGUGCCGCAUCCCCUGAGUCAUGUGAACCAGUUUCGCGUUGCCCCCGUGACCUCUGAGCUCCCUCAGCAGGACUUCCAAAUAUUUGACGGGGUCAGCUUUGAUAAUCUCGAGGCCAGCGGCGUGGGCCAGGCUCAGGCGGACCCGGCCAACCUGCUCAGUAGCAUCCCGUCUACAGAUCUGGACCUGAAGUUCCAGUACCGCGGCCGGGCGAUGGGUUCGCUGACCAUCAGUAACCCUCAGGGCUGCCGGCUGUUCUAUGGACAACUGGGGCCCGACCCGCAGCGAGUCGACCUGUGCGGACCCGUCGACCUGCAGCAGGUCCUGUUUCCGGGGACUUCUGAGAUCCCGAGCCAGAAGCAACGUGAAUUCACGGAGGCUCUGCUGAACGUGAUGGAUCGAGGCCUCAUCCUGGAAAUCAGGGAGCAGGACAUCUACGCCGUCCGCCUCUGUCAGUGUAAGGUAUUCUGGUCUGGACCGGGGGCGCCCGAUCGGGGUCUGCCCAAUCGUCUGGAGAGAGAGAGGAGGGUCAAAGUGUUCAGCCUCAACGAUUUCCUACAAGGACUGAUCUUGUACCAGAAGGGUGAAGCUCCGAACGUUCCCCCCUACGAGAUCUACUUUUGCUUCGGGGAGGACUGGCCUGAUAUGAAACCCAAAGAGAAGAAACUCAUUGUGGUUCAGGUGGUUCCGGUGGUGGCUCGGAUUCUAACAGAAAUGUUCUCAGGAGAGCAUAGCUGGUCCAUCGAUAGUAUCCGACUGCAAAUCUCUAACCCGGAUGUAAAGGACCAGACAGUGGAGCAGUUUAAAGAGCUCCAGAGACUUCUCCAGAGUCAAAAUAUCCAAGGACUCUGACCUGCACUAUUCCCGGAAAACCGACAUUCAAAGCCCCCAGACCAGAGAACCAGGAGAACAUUGAGCAGCACUUGUGCGUGCGUAAGAGUAAACAAAAGAGGGCCAUGUUCAUUUCAAGAUAGUUUGCUCGUGUUCAGUGGGUUUUAUUGACUUGAACUUCUCACCCUGUUCCUAUAUGGACAUAGUUUCAUGCAUUCAUUCAUUUUCCGUACCGCUUCCCCUUACUCGGGUCGCGGGCGUGCUGGCGCCUGUCCAAGCUCUCUUCGGGCGAGCGGCGGGGUACACCCUGAAGUGGUCGCCAGCCAAUCGCAGAGAUAGUUUCGUAUUGUCUUCAAAUAUUGGGAACACAUCCAUCCACCAAUCCACUGAUCUGCACGUUAACCUGGUCAGGGUCACAGGGAAGCAUGAGAGACAAUCACGGUUACCUUCGGUACUGUAGAGGUGGACAGGCCUCGAAUGGUGGACACAGACUCCUUAGGGAUGAAAUCAUUUCAAUGAAAUCAUUUUAAUAACCACUUGUAAUGUAGCUAUAGCACCGUACAUUUCCACAAAAUUCACAAUGUCAUCAAAUGAAAAUGUGUUUUUAGUUGACGUUAAAAAUUCAGCCAUUGGUAGCAAGUUGAUGACAGAGUGUUUGGAGCGGAAUUAUAAUGCAUGCAGAGCACGAUGAUGUUCUGGACGUUGCCUUGAAGAAAUCCCCCUGAAUAGAACCUCUCUGACUCCUGGGAUAUGAGGUCCCAGUGAUCUGAGUUUAUUUCUGUCUCAGACAGAUUUGGGAUAAAUCACGUGACAAACAAAUUGAAUGUGUUGGCAUUAUCGACGUCAUUACAAUUGCGAGCACAACCCCACCUGGGUCAUAUUCGUUUUUGCCAAUUCUUAAUGAGGUGGUGGAACGAUCGUCUACCACAUUGGUGUAUCGAUUUAUAUUUCUAUUCAACUCCGUCGACCUGUGCUCGGUAAAUUGGCCUCCCGGAGGACGUAUUUGGUACUAACAUACUUUGAAAAGAUAAUGAAUGCAUUUUUGGGUGGGAAUCCAGCCAUUGUAUUGCAGCAUGGGAGACUUGAUAUGGAUGUGUGUGUCUUUAAGCGCUUUCAAUGGAAAAAUAUGUUCAACCUGACUCGAAUGUGAAUGUGCUCUUUGGUUUAGAUCCUGGCAUCAUUUGUGAAUUUUUUUUUUUUUUUAUAGAUAUAAAGAAAUUGUGACUGAACGGGAACCAUCUCAUUUUCUUUAUUGCUAUGUUUAUUUAACGAUUGUGCGAUUCCGAAAUGCCUUUGUAGUUGAAUUUGAAUCAUAUUAAAAAGACAAUGUUUUGCCUGAU